UGCACAUGGGUUUCGCAAUGCUCGUCGUAUGUAUGUAGGCUUUAUUAAUUUGAUUAUGUGAAUCCCCUGCUAGUUUCCUAUUUUAGGCCAACAGAACCCAACCGAGCCUCCAAUUACCCUCUCCAGCAGUUUUGACCGUUUCAGCACCUCUCUCUCUCUCUCUCUCUCUCUCUCUCUCUCUCUCUCAUCCAUAGUUCUAAGCCUUUCACCAGAAGAAAGGAAAACAAUAACCUUAUCGGGAUCAAUGGACAAUGCAGAUCAAAUGGGCAACGGGGAAUUUGUGAAGUGGAUUCUCGAAGGCAUUGAGAUUGACGAAAUGGCGGAUGUGUCCUCUGACGAUGAUGAUGAGCAGCCAAGCACGGUGUCGAGAAACACAAGUCAAAAAUCUUUCGCAAGAAACGCAAGCAGUCUCAGGAACAGGAAUAGAAUUCCAGGUCCCACCAUCCCUAAAAUGGAAAGGUUGCGAUCAGGGGCCGCAAAAGGGCUCAAAAGCCUAAGGUUCCUCGACAGGACAACCACGGGGAAGGAAGGGGAUGAGUGGAAGUCUGUGGAGAGACGGUUCAAUCAACUUGCAACUGAUGGGAGACUCCCUAGGGACAAAUUCGGAGCCUGCAUUGGGAUGGGAGAUAGCAAGGAAUUCGCAGGGGAGGUAUUUGAUGCCUUGGCAAGGCGUAAGAGGAUUGAUGCUACCAAUGGGAUAAGUUUUGAGGAAUUGCGAGAGUUCUGGGAAGAUAUGUCGAGUCCAUGCCUAGAUGCACGACUUCAAAUAUUUUUUGACAUGUGUGACAAGAAUGGUGAUGGGAAGCUCUCAGAAGAGGAAGUUAAGGAGGUGAUAGCGAUCAGUGCCUCUGCGAAUAAGCUAUCGAAUCUCAAGCAACAUGCCGCAUCCUAUGCAGCUUUAAUCAUGGAGGAGCUUGAUCCUGACCAAUUAGGAUAUAUUGAGAUGUGGCAACUCGAAACUCUACUUAGAGGUAUGGUGAGCUCCGAAGAAACCAACAAAAUGGCGAAGAAGACGCAGACACUUGCAAGAACCAUGAUUCCCAGACUAUACAGAACACCCGUAAGCAAAUUCCUAUCUAAAGCCUCAGAAAAGAUCCAUGAGAACUGGAGAAAGAUAUUGGUGCUCGCAUGGUGGUUAACCAUAAACCUAAUCCUCUUUGUUUGGAAAUUCAACCAAUACAAACACAAAAGUGCAUUCCAAGUCAUGGGUUAUUGCCUUUGCUUCGCCAAAGGGGCUGCCGAAACUCUGAAGUUCAAUAUGGCUCUCGUUCUCCUUCCAGUAUGUAGAAGAACCCUGACAAAGCUCAGAGAAACAAUCCUGGGUACGUUCAUCCCAUUCGACGAAAACAUUAACUUUCAUAAGUUAAUCGCCCUGGCAAUCGUUAUAGGGACUUGCAUUCACACAUUAAUGCACGUGACUUGUGAUCUCCCGAGAAUAACGUAUUGUCCUCAUGAUAAGUUCAUUGGAAUUCUUGGACCUGCGUUCAGUUACAAGCAGCCAGAUUACCAAGACCUCCUUCAGAGUAUUCCGGGAGUAACAGGGAUUUUGAUGAUCAUUCUGAUGGCUUUUACCUUUACACUGGCAACACAUUCAUUCAGAAGGAACGUUAUCAAAUUGCCAUGGCCUUUCCACCAUUUGGCAGGGUUUAAUGCUUUCUGGUACACCCAUCAUUUGCUGGUCAUCGUCUUCGCCCUCCUCAUCAUCCAUGGCUACUUCUUAUUUCUCACCAGAGAGUGGUACAACAAAACGACAUGGAUGUAUGUAACGAUCCCAGUUAUUCUAUACGCCGGAGAGAGAAUCCUUACAUCAGUUCAAGAUCACAAUUACCGGGUCAAUAUAAUCAAGGCUAUAGUAUACACAGGAAACGUUCUAGCACUAUACAUGAGCAAACCUCCUGGAUUCAAGUACAAAAGUGGGAUGUACAUCUUUGUCAAGUGCCCAGAUAUAGCAAGUUUUGAAUGGCAUCCCUUCUCAAUAACUUCUGCACCCGGAGAUGACUACUUGAGUGUCCACAUCCGUACCUUAGGAGACUGGACUACAGAGCUUAAAAACCAAUUUGCACAGGUCUGUGAGCCUCCAUCAACACAACCAAGAGGAGGUCGUCUAGUUAGAAUGGAAACAAAAGCAAGCUCAAAAUUUGACCAUACACAAGCAAGAUAUCCAAAGAUCCUCAUCAAAGGACCAUACGGAGCACCGGCUCAAAACUUCAAGAAGUAUGACAUUCUCCUUCUCAUUGGCCUGGGAAUUGGAGCAACUCCAAUGAUCAGCAUCCUCAAAGAUCUUCUAAACCAUAUGAAGCAGAAUAACACUAACAAAGUCAAGGAAGAAGGAUAUCCACUUGAGGAGUAUAAGAACAGCCCAGAAAGAGCUUAUUUCUAUUGGGUGACAAGGGAACAAGGAUCUUUUGAAUGGUUCAAAGGUGUCAUGGAUGAUAUUGCAGACUAUGACCAAAAUCAUAUAAUAGAAAUGCAUAACUACUUGACUAGUGUGUAUGAAGAAGGAGAUGCACGAUCUGCACUCAUCGCCAUGGUGCAGUCUCUGCAGCAUGCUAAAAAUGGAGUUGACAUUGUCUCAGAAAGUCGGAUAAGAACACAUUUUGCAAGACCCAAUUGGAGGAAAGUGUUCUCUCAAUUAGUAAACACCCACCCAUCCUCACGGAUUGGUGUUUUCUACUGCGGAAGCCCUACUCUUACCAAACUACUCAAGAAGCUUUGCCAGGAGUUUAGCCUAAAUUCAUCCACCCGUUUCCAAUUCCACAAGGAAAACUUCUAGUAGAUAAUCUGACAAGUCUUACAAAUUUGUAGGUUCCAAAUUAAAUCAACUACGUUGCUUCCUCCGUUAACAAUCGGUACAAAAGAAGAAAAGUUGUUAUACGAAGGACAUUUCGGAUUGGACUUUCCUAGGAUAUCGCUUAACCUAGAGAAUAUGCAUUCACUUUAAACUUGCAUGUGGCAUUCCUCUUGCUCACACAACUAAGUUCUUGACAUGAAUAAGCUUCCAAGCGCCAUGACUCUUGCAAAUUUCACCAAACCA